UGUGUGUUAAUGCAGGUUUUGAGUGUGUGUGUGCUGACUCUGCAGACCUGUGCCUCUCACCCCGGGGCUUCAGCAGGGGUCAGUGAGGUAUAUAAACACCCCGGGGCAGAGCGGUGGAGCAGCGAUCACACACACACAUACACUUGUACGCGCACACAGAUCGGUGGAGAUGAAUCCGGAGCAGCAGAUGGAGCAGAGGGGGCGGAGUCAGUGGAGCAUCACGGUGUUCGAGGAGGAAUACUUCCAGGGAAAGUACUGUCACUUCACCAUGGAGUGUCAGAACAUCCUGGACCGAGACUUCAGGAAGAUCCGCUCCAUAAAAGUGGAGAACGGACCGUGGGUAGGUUACGAGUACCCGGAGUACCAGGGACAGCAGUUUGUGUUGGAGAAGGGAGAUUAUCCAUGUUAUCAGGCCUGGAGUGGAAACAGCAGCUACCGCACUGAACACCUUCUGUCCUUCAGACCCAUCCAAUGUGCUAAGCACAGCGACAGUAAGUUGUCCCUGUACGAGUGUGAGGAUUUCCAGGGUCGGAAGUUCGAGCUGUGUGAUGAUUAUCCGUCUCUGCAGGCCAUGGGCUGGUGCAGCAAGGAAGUGCCGUCCAUCAAAGUCAACUCUGGAGCCUGGGUGGCGUACCAGUUCCCAGGUUACCGUGGUUAUCAGUACAUCUUGGAGAGAGACCGCCGCGAGGGCGAGUUUAGAAACUAUAAUGAGUACGGCACGCAGGCUCACACCAACCAGAUCCAGUCGAUCCGCAGGAUUCAGCAUUAAACACAUACACGAUCACAUACACACUCUCUCACAUACACACACUCUGUCUCUCAAACACACACACACACUCUCUCCUUCCUCACUACAUCCUUCCUUG